AUUAUUGUGCGCCGGAAGAGCCUGUCUCCUAUCCCGGAACCGUGAGAUUCCGGGCUAUGAAUCGCAAGAGACAGCUCCUAGCGUGUGAGGCCUUUGGAGUGAAGCGGCGGCGGGCGCCGGGGCCCGCGAAAGCGGAUCCUUUGAGGGCUGGAGCAGGGUCCGCACGCCAGGCGGUCGAGGAGCUCGUGCAGCUGUUCCCCCGGGGGCUGUUCGAGGACGCGCUGCCGCCCAUCGCGCUGAGGAGCCAAGUGUACAGUCUCCUGCCGGACAGGACGGUGGCCGACCUGCAGCUGAAGGAGCUUCAAGAGCGUGGAGAGAUUAAGAUCAUCCAACUAGGCUUUGACUUGGAUGCCCAUGGAAUUGUCUUCACUGAAGACUACAGGACCAGAGUCCUCAAGGCCUGUGACGGCCGACCGUGUGCUGGGGCAGUGCAGAAGUUCCUGGCCUCGGUGCUCCCAGCCUGUGGGGACCUUAGUUUCCAGCAGGACCAGAUGACACAGACUUACGGCUUCAGGGACCAGGAGAUCACGCACCUGGUGAAUGCUGGAGUCCUCACUGUCCGAGAUGCUGGGAGCUGGUGGCUGGCUGUGCCUGGAGCUGGGAGAUUCAUCAAGUGUUUUGUUAAAGGGCGCCAGGCCGUGCUCAGCAUGGUGCGGAAGGCCAAGUACCGGGAGCUUCUCCUGUCGGAGCUCCUGGGCCGCAGGCCUCCUUCGGCAGUGCGGCUCGGCCUUGCCUACCAUGUGCAUGACCUCAUUGGAGCCCAGCUAGUGGACUGCAUCUCCACCAGUUCUGGAACUCUCCUUCGCCUGCCAGAUACGUGAGGAGUCGACUCUUGGACUCUUCCACUCCCUGAGUGAAGUUCCUGGAAGCGCUGCCCCUGGACGGCUGAGGGGGUCACCAGGAUGGGUGCCAGGCCCUGCUGCUGCAAGCUGAGCCUCCAACCUGAGCUGGGCUGUGUGCGCUGCAGCUCUGCGCUUCUGUGGGUGCGGAGCCAGGAGCCAUGCCGAGGGGCUAGGAAGGCAGGAUCGCUGGGGAUGCUGGUGAAGGGAGCAGAAAACUCUGCCCUUUGUGUCAGGUUGAAAUCACUAAAUAAAACACUUGUGCCUA